AUGGCCGCCACACUAACUCCAAUUCAAAUCUUCAAAUUCUCCCAUUCUCCAUUUCCACGUCAGCAAAACUCAACCACUCUCUUCUUCUCACCUUCCAUUUCAACAUCCACCUCCCACCGCAACAAACUCGUACUCUCCGCCGCUACUUCCGGUGGCACAACCGUUUCCGCCAACGGUCUUCCUCCUUCUCCUUCUCGAUCAAAAGUUCGGCGACACACGAUUUCGGUGUUCGUAGGUGAUGAGAGUGGAAUGAUUAACCGAAUUGCUGGAGUUUUCGCCAGAAGAGGAUUCAACAUUGAGUCACUUGCUGUUGGUCUUAAUCAAGAUAGGGCUCUUUUCUCCAUUGUUGUUUCUGGAACUGAUGACGUUCUUCGCCAAGUUGUUGAGCAGCUUCAGAAGCUUGUCAAUGUUUUGAAGGUAGACGAUCUUUCCAAUGAACCUCAGGUAGAACGUGAAUUGAUGCUCUUAAAAGUGCAUGCAGAUCCCCAAUACCGUGCUGAGAUUAAGUGGUUAGUGGACACCUUCAGAGCUAAGAUUGUGGACAUCUCGGAAGAUUCCGUGACGGCUGAGGUUACUGGAGACCCAGGGAAGAUGGUUGCAGUUCAAAGAAGUUUUAGCAAAUUUGGAAUUAAAGAAAUAGCUAGAACUGGAAAGAUUGCAUUAAGAAGGGAAAAAAUGGGUGCAUCUGCCCCAUUUUGGCGGUAUUCAGCUGCUUCGUAUCCAGAUCUUGAAGGAAAAACAGCCAUUAAUGCCCUUGUUGGAAAGAAAAGUGUGAAUCCUGUUGGCAAAACUGAUAUGCCUGUGGGGGGAGAUGUUUAUCCUAUAGAGCCUUCAGACAGUUUUACAGUCAAUCAAGUACUUGACGCUCAAUGGGGUUUUCUCCAUGAUGAAGAUACUAGCGGAAUUAGAUCACACACUUUAUCCAUGCUUGUGAACGAUGCUCCCGGAGUUCUGAACAUUGUUACAGGGGUCUUUGCUAGAAGGGGUUAUAACAUUCAGAGUUUAGCUGUAGGACACUCGGAAGUUGAAGGAAUUUCUCGGCUUACAACUGUGGUUCCUGGUACAGAUGAGUCAAUCAGCAAGUUGGUCCAGCAACUUUAUAAGUUAGUGGAUCUGCACAAGGUCCAAGAUAUAACCCACUUGCCUUUUGCUGAGAGAGAAUUGAUGCUAAUAAAGAUUGCUGUAAAUGCUGCCGCACGACGUGAUGUUCUUGAUAUUGCCAGCAUUUUCAGGGCUAGAGCUGUUGAUGUAUCCGAUCAUACUAUAACCCUCGAGCUUACUGGAGAUCUGGACAAGAUGGUUGCAUUGCAAAGAUUGUUAGAACCAUAUGGCAUUUGUGAGGUGGCACGAACUGGGCGUAUAGCACUGGCCCGCGAGUCGGGUGUGGACUCCAGGUACCUGCGUGGAUACGCUUUUCCUUUGUAA